AUCCAGCGAGUAUUUUGGGGAUUGGUGUGUGUGGACAAUGAAUGCAAAAGGAAGUAAAUUUGACCCUUUUUUGUGAGAUGUGCAGCAGCUCAUGUGCCCCGCACUACAUAGAUAUGCUCUCAGUGCCCUAAAGAAAAGGCCCUUCGUUAAUUUUGGACUAACGAAUGCUUUUGAUUGCAGUGAUCUUUUUGUGGGGGAGAUUUCGAAACACAAGCGAACAAUAUAAUAGUCUCGGGCUAAAAGAAAAUGUUAAAGGGCAAAGCAGUGAUCUUUUGGGGGCCAUAGCUACUCUCUUUUUUCUUCUCCAUCUAAUCUUUAUUUAUUUUGCUUCCCUAAUUCCUCAGAAAUUUCAUUUCUAUGCCCGAUCCGUUUCUUCUCCCUCACAACCAACUAAAUUCUUCCAUAUGAACUAAAAUCCCCCCUCAGGCCUCAAGUGAAGAGAAAAAGAUUCUGCUUGACUGAAAACAGAGACAAAAAAUUCGAAGAAUGGUGACCGGUUGGAGAAGAGCUUUUUGCACUUCCAUUCCCAAGAAACAAGACAGCCCAGUUUUACCAGAAAAGCAACAACCACAACAGCAGCAAAAAAACAGCACCAAAAGUCCAAGAUUUUCGUCGAAGUUUGGGUUUUUCUCCAACCCAUCAACCCCAAGGUUACAAUCUCAGCCGGUUUCAAGCCCGAGUCUUCGUUGCCGAACCACUUCCACUUGCACCCCGACUUCUUCUCUUCCGAAUAGCCCCAAACUCCACUGCAGAACUUCCCAUUUCUCCUCCCCUUCCUCCCCUUCCUCCCCUUCCAGUUUCUCCUUCCUUAAAUCCACUCUCUGCCUCUCCAAGGGUGGUCGGUGUGGAAUCUGUUUGGAAAACGUGAAAACGGGGCGGGGAACAGCGAUUUUCACGGCGGAGUGCUCUCAUUCCUUCCAUUUCCAUUGCGUCGCUGUUCAUAUCAGGAAGCAACAAUUACAAAUUUGCCCCGUCUGUUCCACCACCUGGAAAGAGUUGCCUUUACUCUCCCUUCAACACCCCGAACAACCCCAUAAAACAUCUUUCGGCGACAUCAAAACGAAGUCGUUAAAGGUCUAUGACGACGAUGAACCAUUGGCCUCACCUAUUUCUCUUUCCCAGUUUAACCCCAUCCCUGAGUCCGAGGAAACCGAAAUCGACGACGAAGAGGAAGAAUUCCAUGGGUUUUUUGUCACCCCGAGGAGUGAUGCAAGGAACGUGGAGGCUAGGUUGUCGCAGGAGGCGGCGAUGGUGGCGAUCGGGAGGAGUUACGAAAGUUACGUGGUAGUUAUGAAAGUGAGCGCGCCGACAGUAACGCGUGGGUUGAAGAGGGCCGCGAUCGACUUGGUUACGGUGUUGGAUGUUAGCGGUGGUGCGAUGCGGUUGCAGAUGCUGAAACGCGUGAUGCGGUGGAUUAUCUCUUUGCUUAACGAGAAGGACCGAUUGUCGAUCGUGAUUUUCUCGUCGAGUUCAAAACGGUUGUUGCCGUUGAAAAGGAUGAGUUCCAGCGGACGGAGAUUCGCGAGAAGGAUCAUCGACGGGCUGGGAAGAAACAGGCAAGGGAUGAGUGUCAACGACGCGCUGAAAAAGGCGGUCAAGAUAUUGGAGGAUCGUAGAGAGAAAAACGCGCUGUCAAGUAUAAUGAUCUUAUCUGACAACAAUGAUAAACAGUCGCAGUCCAGUUCAACCAAUCAGAACCUUCCAGUUGUUUCCACCAGGCGCCUGAGCCAUUCAGAAAUCCCCGUGCACUCAUUCGGCUUCGGAUCGUGCACCCACGCUCCAAACGAGGAUGCUUUUUGUAAAAUCAUCAACGGUCUGUUAAGCGUGGUGGUUCAAGAUGUGAGGCUUCAACUGGGAUUCGAAUCUGGGUCGGCCCCGGCCGAGAUAUUAUCGGUCUAUUCGUUGACGGCCCAACCGGCUGCACUCGGGUCGGGUUCAGUACGGGUUGGGGAUUUGCAUUCGGGCGAGGAGAGAGAACUAUUGGUGGAACUGAAAGUGCCCGUAUCUUCUCGCGGGUCCCAUAGAAUGAUGUCCGUACGAUCAUCUUACACGGAUCCAUUCACUGGGGAGAUGGUCUACUCGAGGGAUCAAAGCUUGGUUUUACCUCGGCUGCCGCAGUCCGUUCGAUCUCCAUCUUCCGGCGUCGCACGGUUGAGGAAUCUCCACGUGAGCACGCGUGCUGUGGCGGAGUCUCGUGGAUUGAUUGAGCACAACGAUUUAUCGGGGGCUCAGCAUUUGCUCACCUCGGCUCGAGCUUUGUUGAUGCAAUCGGGUUCGAGCUCGGCUGAGGGAUUUAUUGGGCGGUUGGAGUCUGAGUUAGCCGAGUUGAGCCGGCGGCGCCAGAAACAAAGGGUAAUUAAUAAUAAUGGGAGAGUGGAGGAAAAGGCUGAGCCGUUAACGCCGACGUCGGCUUGGAGAACGGCGGAGAGAUUGGCAAAAAUGGCGAUCAUGAGGAAGCAUAUGAAUAGAGUUAGCGAUUUGCAUGGAUUUGAAAAUGCCAGAUUUUAAUUUUUCUAUUUUCUUCCGCUUCC